GCUUGGUAGGGAAAACGCGCCAAAUUUCAAAGGCGCGCUUCCUUCCUUCUGAUUUCCCGCCGUAGCCCCGGCGCUGGUGAGCUCAGGUGUUAAGCGGAGGCUCCGUGACCGCAGUGACGUCACGAUCGGUUGCCUCACCUCCCAGCCUCAGGUGGGGGGUAAUCCGAGGAGGUAGAAUACCAAGGGACUACCUAGGUCAGAUCUAGGGUCGUAGUGAUAAGACUGCGUGACGUCAUCACUUCUAGAAACCACACCCACUUUAUAUUUGGGGUUCAGCAAGCAGUGGCAUGAGGUCAUAGGUCAUGUUAGGGUUUUGAGGGUCAUAGGUCAGCUUCAGUGACUUGGGCUUCACCAAGGUCAGAGCUUACAGGAAGCCCCCCUCCUUUUUAAGUGUUUGGGGGUGACAGCAGUUAUUGGGGGAAGGAUUAUUAUCAGAGCGGGGAGGAUCAGGGUCACCCAGCUGUCAUGGUGGGGUCAGAGGUCUCCAUGUCCCAAGUCCAGCCAUGCUUCCAGCUGCUGCGGAUGGACCUGGGUGCAGCGCCAACCUCCAGUCCACAAAACGCACCUUCCCAAGACCUCUACACCUUCCUACCUGACUCCCCGCGCUGCGUCUACCGGCUGGGAGCCCGCCACGACCUGUGUGACGUCCCCUUACCGGGGAAAGCUCGUGUCCAGGCGGAGAUCCACGCCGAUCGAGAGCCCAGCGGAGAAUGGCGGGUCAACCUGGAGAGCUGCAUCAGCACUGGAAUUUACAUCAAUGAGGUUCACCUCCAGCGGGGACAGCAGAUAGAACUGGCAGAUGGAGACCUUCUGCGCUUCCAGGAAAGGCCCUCUCCGCCCUCCUCUCCAUCUCAUUCUCCAGACACCUACUUCCUGUUCCAGCAGGUUCGUGUGCGGCCUUUGGACUUUUCAGCCAUCACGUCUCCCCGUGCUCGGACAACAUUUCCUGGAUUCACACCAGUCUUGGGCACCAGACGUCUGGGUGGGGAUCGUGGAGGAUCUCCUCACUACACGACUGGAGCCACGGUCAUUCUGAACUCCAUCGGCAGCAUCAGUAAGAUGAAGCGGGAGAGGAUGCACAGCGGAGGUCUCAUAGGAGGAACAGUAGAGCUAGCCAAACCAGCCACUCCAGACCUUCCUCUCCCUUCCCGCACCGGCCUAGAAAGGAGGAGCAGCCGCAGGAAAGCCCAGCAUAAGGUUCUGUGUGAGCUGGAGGAAGAUGAGGAGGAUAGACAGGUGGAGGAAGGAAAGCGGAAAAGAAAGCGGGGAAGGCAGAAGGAAGAUGAGAAGCGAGCUGCCCAACCAAUGGAAUUUGAAAGAAAGCCUCGUGGUCGUCCCAGAAAGAAUCCAGCCCCUCCUCUGGUGACAUCGCAGACCGUGUCCAGUGCAGAACCCUGUGCCUCGCGCUCCUGCUGCCUCCCACAGGAAGACACAGUCAGCUGGGUGCAGUGUGACCACUGUGACUCCUGGUAUCACGUGGUGUGCAUUGGACGCAGUCUAACCUCCCUGCAGGACAUAGACUUUCACUGUGGUUGCACGUGACCAGGCUUCGGUCUUAUUCUUCUUUAUGUCUUGGCUUUUAAUCUAUUUUAUAAAUCCUUCUUCUGUCCACAGGUGCAGCCUUUUACAGCUUUAGUACAAACCAUGUUACAACCCUUUAGUCAACGGUUUGAGCAAAAGCCAUUGCAUUCUAUAAAGGCUGAAAGAGCUGUCUGUGGGUUUUAAAGAGGCUGUCCUGGAAGCUGUUGUACUUUAUCCACCUUUACAACCAUCACCUUCAUUUUUCCACUAACUAGCCAAGGUUGUGUAAGAUCUGGGUCUUUAUUGCAAUGAACCUCUGGUUAGUCCUGUAUACAUGACAAAACCUGACCUAAUGUUUGCAGCAGUUGUGAAUUCAGAGCCUAGCCCAGCCCAGACCUUAAACGUAGCCUUUAAUCCCCCAUGAAAAUGGUGCCCAAUAACCUUAAAAUGUAUUUCCACUUUUGCAGUCAUAUUUAAGAAAUCCCCACUUUGUGUUUUCCAUUGAGACAGCAUAUCUAAAAAUAUAUAUAUUUUAAAUUUCUUACCUCUUUUUAGUAGUUUUGUUGAAGCAGACCUUUGAGCACUACAAUGCAGAUCCAAGACCUAAGAUUUGUAACCCUUUGUUAGGACAGACCGUGUUCAGAUCUAGUUUACAGCUCCUAAUGAGAUCUGCCAGUACAGUUCAGACAGUAUUAGUUUUGGUAAACAUAACUCCCCACCCUUUUUCUUAACAUUACAUACAAGAGGAAGUUUUCUGCCUUUUUCAUUAAAGAGCGGGUAAAACAUAAGCGGCAAUUUUGUAAACAUUUUUGAUGUGUUUCCAAACCCAAGAAUAAAAGUUGAUUGUAUUGUACAGCUUA